CUAUUAGACUAAUCUAGAUUUCUCUAGAAUAGAUUUAGUUGCUCACUAUUUGUGUGUGUGCAAUUGCUGUGUCAGUCAGGCGAAAAGACUUGAAAAGAGAAUCAGAAUGUCCCGACGGAGGGACAGCGGAGACUUGGGCCGCUAUGGCUAUGGGGGUUACCGUGUAUAUGUGGGAGACAUCGGCCAGAGAAUUGGAAGAACAGAUUUAGAAAAAGAAUUUGGGCAAUAUGGUCCUGUUACAGACGUUUGGAUGGGACGAAGGAGAGACCCUGAUAUGGCAAACUUUGCCUUUGUUGUAUUCCGCUACCCUGAAGAUGCAGAAGAAGCUGUGAGAGACAGAAACGGAAGAAAAGUGUGUGGUCGACAAGUGAGAGUAGAGCAUGCCAAGCCUAUUGGAGGUGGUCGCCAAGGUGGUGGUGGUGGAGGCGGAGGCGGAGGAGGAGGAGGAGGAGGAGGGCGAGGUGGAGGCUUUGGUGGGCGUGGCUUUUAUGGUGGAGGAGGGGCUGGUGGUGGCGGCGGCGGUGGUCGAGGUGAUUAUAACGAUGGAUGGUACGGCCCUCCGAGAGAUAUGCCACCACGUGGGAGGUCAAGAUCUAGGUCCAGGGAGAGAUAUAGAAGGAGUCCGUCUCCAAGGAACUAUCCGAACAAUGGUGGUAGGUGGCAGCAGCAGUCGCCUCCCAUGGAAAGGAGAAGAAAUGACAGUUACAACGAGCCACCACCCCCCAAAAUGGCACAGCACAGUCCUCCUGAAUCUCCUGAACCCCCGCGAAGGCACAAGAAGAAAUCGUCCAAGAGGCAAGUCUCAGUUUCACCGUCCCCUCCCCCCAAGAGAAAGUCCAACAAGCAGCCGGGGUCAAGCGAGGACUCGGCAUCGUCCAGCUCUGAGUCUCGCAGCCCGACGCCGCCCCCGAAAAAGAAGAAGAAGAAGAGAAAGAAGCAGCGAACUCACUCCUCCUCGGCCAGUCCGCCCCCCGACCCGGGCUACGGCGGUGGCAGAGAAAGCAGAGUGCCGCCCCCGCCCAGCAGCAGCGGAGGUCGUAGCGGCGGCAGUGGUAAGAAGGGGAAGAACAGCAGCAGCAAGGGCAAGCAGAAGUACGAGGAGAGCGACGGCUAUUCCAGCAGCAGCAGCGGCUGAACGGGCAACACUCUUGCUGACUUCUUCUUCCAUGAAUUGUUAGGAAUGUUUGGGGGGGGGGGGCUUUUUUUUUUAACUGCCUUGCCUUAUCAUUCUUUGGGUGUAUAUUUGAUUCUGAGGUAUAAUGACGUUUGGGAGGUGGUGGAUUUCUGAUAUGUGGAAUCUCAUCAGUGUUUACAGCUAGGCUUGACUUUUGUGUACAGUCAUGUUACAGUUUUUGUUUAUAUACAGUAUAAUGAGUUUCAUCUAUUUCAGAUUGUUUCAGUAUUUUUUUGUCAAGCGCUUUUAAGAAAUUUAAAUUUUGUUGUCCUUUUUAUUUUGUUGUUGGUUUGAUCAAAGAACAAACUAUGUUGUAUGCUUAUGUUUAUGUGUUACUGUUGUAUCGCUUGUAUUUGUGUUGAAUACUCUCUACUUAAUUCAUUUUCAAGUCUGAUCUGAAUACAGUGAACCUCAUGUCCGUAGAACUCUUUGGACCCACGCUUGUUCAGUUCGCUGAAUUUUAGGUUGCUGUGAAAAGAUCCACCCUCUUUUUCUUCUGAAAGUGCCAGAUCUGAAACGGACAUAGCCAGUCAUGGAUGGCCACUCAUUUCUCAGUUCAGUUGCCCUCAAUUGUCCCGUAAUUAUCCUUGUGUUCUCCCGUAACCCAUCUGUUCCAAGGUCUGUCAGUACACUAUUCUUGGUCUACCACUCUUUCUUUUGCCCUCUAUUUUCCCAGUGAGACUAAGAUGGAUAAUACUGGAGUAUAGUGGCAUUCGUCCUAAAUGGUGAGGUUGGAGCACCAUAUUUGAGAAAAACACCCCUUUUAUAUUUGGGCUCCUUUUGGGGGGUUUUCCUGUUCAGCUGUGGAGUAGAUUCGGAUGACUGAUGUUUUCUUCUCUGAGAUUCCCGUCACAAAUAUAAUGUAAAACUAGACUUUCACCCACUCUGAGAAUCUUACUGAAUGUAAACACAGUACAGCAGUCUCCUCCAAAGAACGUGCUGCGUAAAAACAAUAUCCACUUUAAUGUAGAACGGUCAAAAACACUCACUUUACACUUAAGCUCACUUCAUUUCAUUCUGCAAAAACCAGCUGAAUGAAAAAGGAAGCAACAGUGUAGGUUUAUUUGCAUAAUAUUGUACCCCAUGGAUCAGCCUGGACAGCUAGAUAUUCUUUGCCAUGUAUGUAUGUACACACAUCUCCAUUUCUGUCCUAUGCAGUUUCUAGCGGCGUAAAACCUUACUAAAACUGAACUAACCAUUUCUUCUGUGCCAUGGCCAGGAAUAGAAUUUAUGACAUUGCUGUUUUCUUUCCUCGGCUGACUGUUUAUACAUGUCCCUCCCCUGUUUGUUUGAGUAAAGAGAAGCUCUCAUUGGCACAAUAUUAAUCAUUUAGUGCUGGGAAAAGUAAGACAGACAGGUAGAAACAACAGAGGGAAAGUAAAGAAGUAGGACCUACCAGUGGCGCCCUCCAACGACCGGCCCCCUGGUCUGUCCAGGGAGCAAGGCAAGGCAUUAUAUUUGAUCUGAGGAUUUUAAGGAUUCCUUAUGACAUAACAAAUUCAAAAACAGUUGGAACUCUUUUUCUUUUUGAAAAGGUCUGAUAUUAUGAUGACUUGGCAUUCGUUUGAGGUUCACUGUAUUCCAUUGGAUUGUUUCAUCCAAUAUUUUGUAUUGUGCUUUAUUGACCAAUGCUUUACAAAGUGAAGUCAUUGCAUGCUGAAUUUUAUAAGCUACCUGUUAAUGUAAUUAUUACAUUUUUUGACUGUAUGUUCAAAUUUUGCAUGUGUGCAAUGGGUUUGUUUUUUUUUGUUUUAAUUUUUUUAAAUUUGAUCUAUUUAAUUACUCAUUAUUACUAUUCAACAUUAUUUUCUCCUCGACCAUACUGACAAUGAUGUGAGACUAUAGAUGGGAACACUGAAGUGUGUUGUUCUGUGAAACAUAUCUAUGUGUUAAAUUCAGAAGCGUAUACUGAUAUUAACAAUGAUGCUAUGUGUUCAUUCAACUGGUUUUGAUGUUAUUUGUUUUAUCAUGGAAUAAUUUGGGUUUUGGCGACUUUCAACCCCAAAAUAAAAAGUGUGACCCUCUGA